AUGGACGAGCCCCAAACUCUUCGAACCGUGUUCACCGACGCGAAGCGACAAAAGACAGCACUAGAAGCGCGCCCCGAUACCAACUCCGACACCUAUCGCAGCGAUGUCAACGCUGCGAUAGCAAGGUUCGAAGAAUGCCAGCGGCUCGUCAGCGCACUGUCCAUGUUUAGCUCCAAUGAGCUACUGGAGGAUAUCUCUACAGGCGAUUUACCGUAUUUAACAAUCGAGUAUCACAUUGCAGAGCUCCUUCAAAAGUCCUAUAGCUCUGACCGCGAGUCGACAUUACAACGAGCGCUGGGUCAAUACGAGAAAUUUCUAACGCGUCUUGAAGACUAUGAGCUUCUGAGCCAAAAAGACAAAAAGCUCUACGAGCGAUACGUUGCGAAUCCCUCGUCAUUCUCGCUGACGCAAACGAACGAUGCCGCUACUCGACGAGACGUCAAAGUAACGCGGUUCCGAGAGGAGAAGGAGCUCAAACAAAAACUUGAGUAUUAUACCGAAAAUCAGAAGAAGCUCCAGAGCGACGAUGAUGACUUACGACAGCUCUAUCUCGCUGAAAUAAAGCUAUACACACAUCAAACUUUCCAGUCGCUAGAUAUGUUAGCACAAGAAUUGUCGAUGCUGUCGAUGAUGAAGAAGAUGCCUCCCAAGCCUGAGCCCUCGCAUGAAGUCGACGCGCGAGGAAGAGCUAAGAGCAAUGACGAAAACUAUUCAGAGCGCUUGGACCCACCGAUAUCUCAGCUCCUCAAAGGAGGAAAGAAUGGCCCGAUACUAAGCAAGGAUGGAAAACCUUUACAGCCUUUCACACUCCUCGACCGUCGUACGCAACUUCGCGAUGGCGUCUUCCGGUCGGGACAUAACCUGCCCACUAUGACGAUUGAAGAGUACCUGGCGGAAGAACAUAGACAAGGAAAUGUGCUUAAGGGAGGUAAACCGGAACCGGUUGAGAUUGACGAAGAUGACAUGGACAAGGCCGAUGAAGAGACAAUGAAAGCGAGGGCAUGGGAUGAAUUCAAAGAAGCAAACCCAAGAGGCUCUGGAAACACAUUAAAUAGGGGGUAA